AAAAACAUAAACCCGAUAUCAUCUCCAGUCCAAAGCAACUAUCUCCUUUCUUUCGGCGUUUAAAAGACAAACAGAUAGCCCACGACUCAACGCCAGUUAUAUCAGAUCUGCUUUAUGUGCUCGUAUUCUAGAGAGAGAAACUAAACUAAUAAAGGAAGAGAGAGUCGAAGUUGGAGGCACGUUUCGAUGGAGGAGAAGUUGAUACAGCGGUUGGAGUCCGCCGUAGCACGGCUGGAGUCGCUUUCUGUUGGUUCGCAGUCCCGAGGCGUCGACCUUGAUGCGAUGGCCGCGUCGACGGAUCCGUCGAUCAUCGCAUUUGAAGAUCUUUUGACGGAAUACGUCGGCAAGGUUUCGAGUAUUGCGGCGAAGAUUGGGGGACAAGUUCAGGACGUUACUAAUGUACUUAGUGAAGCUUUCUGUGUUCAAAAGGAGCUUCUCAUCAAGAUCAAGCAAACUAAGAAACCUGACAUGGUAGGAUUGGGUGAAUUCCUCAAGCCAUUAAAUGAAAAACUAAUGAAAGCAAUCAGCAUGACAGAAGGAAGGCGAUCUGAUUUCUUCAACCACUUAAAAUCUGUCGCCGAGAGUCUAACAGCUUUAGCAUGGAUUGCAUAUGUGGGCAAAGAUAUGGGAAUGAGCAUGCCUAUUGCACAUGUGGAAGAAUCUUGGCAGGCAGCUGAAUUCUACAACAAUAAGGUUCUUGUAGAAUAUAGAAAUAAGGAUGCGAAUCAUGUGGAGUGGGCUAGAGCUCUAAAAGAACUUUAUAUACCUGGAUUAAGGGAUUAUGUGAAGAGUCAUUAUCCUUUGGGACCCGUAUGGAGUGCCACAGGGGCAGCUGUAUCUGUAUCUGCUUCUGCCCCACCAAAAGCUGCUUCUAAACCAAGUGGUCCUGCUCCUCCACCCCCUCCACCUGCAUCACUCUUCACCUCUGAAUCUUCUCAGCCAUCUUCAUCCCGCCCAAAGGUAGGAAUGGCUGCUGUUUUUCAAGAAAUUGGUUCAAAGCCAGUUACUGCUGGAUUAAGAAAGGUGACAGAUGAUAUGAAGACCAAGAAUCGUUCAGAUAGAGCUGGCUUUGUGAGUACUGGUGAGAAAGAAGUUCGUGCAACUGCAGCAUCUGUUUCUAAAGUUGCUCCUCCAAAGUUUGAGCUUCAAAUGGGUCGCAAAUGGGUUGUUGAGAAUCAAAUCGGGAAGAAGGAUCUGUUGAUCGAAAAGUGUGAUUCGAAGCAAACGGUGUACAUUUUCGGAUGCAAAGAUUCAGUUCUACAAAUUAAAGGGAAAGUUAACAACAUAACUGUUGAUAAAUGCACAAAAAUGGGUGUAGUAUUCACGGAUGUUGUUGCUGCUUGUGAAAUUGUUAAUUGCAAUAGUGUUGAGGUCCAAUGCCAGGGUACAGCCCCUACUAUUUCAGUGGACAACUCAGCAGGUUGCCAGCUGUACUUGAGCAAGGAUUCUUUAGAGGCUUCUAUAACAACUGCCAAGUCUAGUGAAAUUAAUGUGUUGGUGCCUGGUCCUGACAAUGAUUUGGUGGAGCAUGCUUUACCACAGCAGUACAUUCAUAGUUUCAAGGAAGGACAAUUUCUAACAACACCCGUCUCCCACUCUGGAGGGUAACUCAAUGGGUCAAACCAACUGUUAUAUGUUGUUAUAACUCAUUUUUCAAAUAUCUUGUUUUUUUUUUACCCAGUUGAGUCAUAUGAGUGUUUGUUUGAAUGCUGGAGGUGCCAAUUUAGUUGCUAAAGGUUUCAACAUUCCAACAUUCUGAGUAUACCAAUCUGCUUGUAUUAAGCAGAAUUUGUUGCUGCUGAUUGAGUGCUUUGAUUUUUUUUUUUUCUUUUUUUGUGUUUUGUAUUAAUACUACGGUGUUUCAUGAGGAAAAAAAAUAUAAAGAUGAUUUGCAGUUGAAAAGUGAAA